CGAAAAGAGGCAUGUCCAUCAACUAAUCCAAAACAUAGUAAAAUAGGAGAAAUAUUAGAUUUCACUCCCUUGCUAAGAUUUCGCACGGAUUUGGCUCUCCCUUUACACGCCCGAUGAUAACAAAACUGCGUUGAGCAAGUUGUGGACAUUGUUUUGAUCCCCAUAAAGCCACGGUAAGCACACACCCGGUGAUCCAAACCCCCGGAAGACUUCAUAGCUUUAGACCAAAACACGAAAAAGGCGGUACCCGGGCGCCUCGCAGGAAGACGACGACGACGACCCACCAAAGCAAGCCCACGAGCUCCCCCCUCCACCCCUCACGAGCUCGUGCUCCCCUCCUCCCCCCUAAACCCUAGUCCGCCAAAGCCCGGCUCCGCUCCGAGCUCCACCCGCCGCGGCGCCGCAAUGUCGUCGUCGAGGUCCACGCGCUCCAGCAUAUCCCCAUUCCGAUCCCGCCGCUCGGCACCGGCGUCGGCGUCGGCAGCGCCGCCUCCUCCACCGGCGCGAACCUCGUCGGGCGGCCGACCGUCCACGCCGUCCUCGUCCUCCGCGCGGCCCACCACCCUGUCCUCGUCCUCCGGCGGCCGCCCCGCCACCCCGUCCGCCGCCUUCGCGCGCCCCACCACCCCGUCGUCCUCGGCGCGGCCCACCACGCCGUCCUCCACCGCCUCCGCGCGGCCCACCACGCCCUCGUCGGUCUCCUCGCGCGCUGCGGGGAGGGCGCCACCCGUGGAAGCCGCCAAUGCCAAGGAGAACAUCAUGGUGACCGUCCGCUUUCGGCCCCUCAGUCCCAGAGAGGUCAACAAGGGGGACGAGGUGGCGUGGUACGCGGACGGUGACAACAUGGUGCGCAACGAGUACAGCCCCAGCAUUGCCUAUGCAUUUGAUAAAGUUUUUGGCCCUGCUACUACAACUCGCCAUGUAUAUGAUGUUGCAGCUCAGCACGUUGUAAGUGGUGCCAUGGAAGGAAUUAAUGGCACAGUUUUUGCAUAUGGCGUUACUAGUAGCGGGAAAACUCAUACCAUGCAUGGAGAGCAAAAGUCGCCUGGCAUUAUUCCAUUGGCGGUGAAGGAUGUGUUCAGAAUUAUUCAAGAUACACCUGGACGAGAAUUUCUUCUGCGAGUUUCAUAUAUUGAAAUAUACAACGAGGUUAUCAAUGAUUUACUUGACCCGACAGGACAAAAUCUCAGAAUUAGAGAAGACACACAGGGAACUUAUGUUGAAGGGAUUAAAGAAGAGGUCGUUUUAUCACCCGCACAUGCGCUCUCUCUAAUAGCAUCUGGAGAAGAGCACAGACAUGUUGGGUCAAACAACUUCAAUCUUGUCAGUAGUAGGAGCCACACUAUCUUCACACUGACCAUUGAGAGUAGCCCCUCUGGUGAAAAUGAAGCUGAAGAAGAAGUCAAGUUGUCUCAGUUGAACUUGAUUGAUCUUGCCGGUUCUGAGAGUUCAAAGACGGAAACGACUGGAUUACGACGCAAAGAAGGUUCGUACAUAAACAAGAGUUUGCUCACCCUUGGAACAGUUAUUGCUAAACUCACAGAUGGUAAGGCUACUCAUAUUCCAUAUCGAGACUCCAAGCUCACACGCUUACUUCAGUAUUCUCUGAGUGGGCAUGGACGCAUAUCUCUUAUCUGCACAGUUACCCCUGCUUCCAGCAACAGCGAAGAGACACAUAAUACAUUAAAAUUUGCCCACAGGAGCAAGCAUGUCGAAAUAAAAGCUUCUCAAAAUAAGAUAAUAGAUGAGAAGUCUUUAAUAAAGAAGUAUCAAAAGGAGAUAUCCUACUUGAAAGAAGAGCUGCAGCAACUGAGACGCGGUAUAGUGGGAAAUGGGUAUACUCUUCCGACGGAUCAAGAGGAUCUUGUUAACUUGAAACUUCAGCUUGAAGCUGGCCAAGUCAAACUUCAAUCAAGACUAGAACAGGAAGAGGAAGCAAAAGCAGCAUUGAUGGUUAGAAUUCAGAGGCUAACAAAAUUAAUAUUGGUAUCAACCAAAAGUUCGAUAUCCUCAAAUGUUCCAGGAAAGACUAACCUGCGUCGACGGCAUUCAUUUGGGGAAGAUGAGCUUGCUUAUUUGCCUGAUCGAAAGAGGGAAUACUUCAUAGAUGAUGAUGAUGUUAGUCUUGAUUCAGAGCUUUCGCUUGAAGGAAGACUUGAUUCAAACAACCCUGAUGAGUCAAUUAGGUUUGACAGAAGGAAUCGCAAACGUGGAAUGCUUGGUUGGUUCAAACUAAAGAAGUCCGACCAAUUAUCUGGACUAUCACCUAGUGCGGAUGGUGACAGCACUGCUAGUGGCUCUCCUUCCUGCUCUAGAUCAUCACAACAGAAGAACCUUCUGCUUGACCUGAAGGAUGGUCGAAGGAAAUCUAUGACUAGGAAAGGAGAUGAUCCGUCACUUGUUGAUUCUUUUCUUGAAAGGAAUCAGGCUGGUGAUCUGUUUAGCGCUGCAUCCAGAGCACGACACCCUCUGCCGAGUGGAGCAACAAUUGUGGAUCAAAUAGAUCUUCUUCAAGAGCAGGUCAAAAUGCUGGCUGGGGAAGUUGCGCUUUGUACGAGCUCACUCAAAAGGUUGUCAGAGCAAGCGGCCAACAACCCUGACAAUUUUCAAAUUCAGGAGCAAAUUGAGAAGUUGAAAGAUGAAAUCAGCGAAAAGAAAUCACAUAUACAUAUGCUAGAGCAGCGGAUGGUGCAAUCACUAGAAACGACUGAAGGCCCAGCAAUUAAGACUGAAUUGUCCCAGACCUUUUCAAAGUUGAGCUCACAAUUGAGUGAGAAGACAUUUGAACUGGAGAUAAUGUCUGCAGAUAAUAGAAUUCUUCAAGACCAGCUACAAGCAAAGGCAACGGAAAAUGCAGAACUCCGAGAAACAGUUGCACAAUUAAGGCAAGAAAUUAGUAGCUUGUUGAAGGCUGCCAGAAGCGAGGAUAGUUUUGCUAGCUUGCAGUCUAGUGAACCAUCAACGACAAGCACUGAUCCUAGGGAUCAGGCAAAUGAAAUCUCGAAUCAUGCAAAUAUUCCCUCUAAAACAACUGGAGAAAAUGAGUCAGCAUUAAUAUCUCAAGUGCUCAUGCAGGCUUCAGAAAUUGAGAAUUUGAAGCAAGAUAAGUUGAAGUUGGCGGAAGAGAAGGUGGAGCUGGAAAGCCGCAGUCAAAAACUGGUUGAGGAAUCAUCCUAUGCUAAAGAAUUGGCAGCUGCCGCUGCAGUUGAACUAAAAAAUUUGGCAGAGGAAGUCACCAGGCUUUCUUACGAAAAUGCAAAACUGAAUGCAGACUUAGCUGCCACGAAAGAGCUAACUGCAUCAGUUUCAAGGGGUAAUAUCCAUAAUGACACUAAAGGACGUGAUCAUGAGAGUGGAAUUCUAGUUGAGGAGUUGCAGAAAGAGUUGGUUGCUAGUUGUCGAAGGGAAGCUGUGUUGGAGGACACUCUGUCCCAAAAAGUCCGGAGAGAAGGUGAGCUUCUAAAGAUGGUUGAUGAUGCAAAAUGCCGUGAGCAUGAUUUGGAAAACGAACUGGCAAGCAUGUGGGUUCUUGUUUCAAAGAUAAAAAAUGAAAGCUCCCAAGAGGAUUUGUUUGAAUUCAAAGCAAAACAAAACGGAUUUCACUCAUCUAGGCCUGAUACUGGUAGAGUGCCAAGGGAAAUGCUAGCUUCAGGCAAUGGGAACUGGGAUGGCCUCAGUACUUUGGAAGAAGCAAGAGCUGCAUACACUUUUGAAAGAAGGCGCUGCAAAGAAUUGGAAAGCGUCGUGUCUAGAUUGAAGGGUGAGGAUAUCAAGGGUUUAGAUGUUAAAGUCCUUGAAGAGCUACAAAAUUUCCAUGUAGAAGCACUAUCAAGGAUUUGCCAAGAAAAGAUGGCGAGUCAGGUGCUAUAGCAGGCAUUCCUUGUCCUAAAGCUGAGAAGCCGCUUUCAUUCGAGGUCACCUCUUCGCAGUUCCAGCUGAUGUCUCCUCAUUGCCGCAAGCAACCUCGAUUAACCUGCAUUUGGACACUGAUCGCCUGCGUUUAACCGGACGAAAAAGAAGCGAAAUGUGGUUAGACUGCAGGCGCUGAUCUUUAGUGAACAUGCAGAUACACUCUGCUGUACAGCUAGAUGAACCAGAAAGAUAGUGGAAACAGGAGUACCGGAAUAUGUAUUUACCGGUAGGAGCUAGGAAGGAAGAUGCCGAAGGCGGAGUUUCUGUAUCUGAACCCUACUCCGCCCUUAAUAACUGUAGAGCCGAACGGAUUCCGCUGUAGUUUUGGCGCCUUACUGCUGCUUUGACGCGUGACUGCAGUGUACUUGA